AUGAGGAUCUCUACUAGCUUCCUCCUCGUCGCCGCUGCCGGGAUCAUCUACGCCAUUGCUGCCGUGCCAGCCGCCACAGGCUGCGACGUCCCAUUUGAGGACCAAUCUAGGACAGCUGGGCUUGUAGGCGCAUGGGUGCCAAUCGGGAACGUGAAUGAUCCACACAUCCAGAUGCUGGGCGGCUGGGCGGUGUCGGAGUACGGCAACCGCGCCAACUGCAGGCUGAAGUUCCACAGGGUGGUGAGCGGCAGGCGGCAGGUCGUGUCUGGGACGAACUAUGAGCUCAUCAUCGAUGCGUCGCCGGAGCUGGGAGGAGGGAAAGAUGGUAGGUACAAGGCGGUGGUUUAUGAGCAGGGCUGGUCCAAUGUUCGCAACCUCGUUUCAUUCAGCAGGGCCUAG